AUGGAUAACACUGUAGCCCCAGUCAAUGGUGAUGAUCAUCAGAACACCUCUGUCAAAACACAACCUUCCAAGGGUCCCUGGAAAUCCGCCAUUUUCAUUAUCUUUGUGGAAGUGGCUGAGAGAUUCGCCUACUAUGGAGUCUCGGGGAAUCUCAUCACCUACCUGACUAAUGGUCUAAUUCUGCUGACUGUAUCAGUAUCAUCAACUCCAAUAGAACACAGCAGAGCAUUUUUCUUUGUAGCACUUUACAUAUUGACAGUUGGCGAAGGUGGGCACAAGCCAUGUGUCCAAACUUUUGCCGCAGAUCAAUUUGACGAGAAUUUUCCCGAGGAAAAGGCGGCCAAGAGUUCAUUUUUCAACUGGUGGUACUUGGGGAUCGUGUGCGGCGCCACAGCGGCGGUGCUGGUGGUGAUCUAUGUACAGGACUAUGUGGGGUGGGCUGUUGGAUUCGGAAUGCCGGCAGUUGCUGUGGCUAUUGCUCUUGCAAUAUUUUUGUUGGGUAUUGGAACAUAUCGAAAACAAGCGCCGGUUGGGAGCCCUUUUACUAGGGUGGCGCAAGUGGUGGUUGCCGCCACAAGGAAGUGGCGCUUGUCGGAGGCGAAUGGUGGUCAUGGCAUUUGUUAUGAAGAUGAGAGUAUAGAGAUUGGAGUGGAUGGUCGAGCCAGGGUCCGGACUUUGGCACGUACUAGUCAAUUCAGGUAA